AUGACCGAUUAUGCGCCACGAAGCAGUCAGGAUUACAACACCUUCUUUCACAAUCAGCAACUCGCCAUGUCGCAUUAUUCCAAUAGCAACGGUCUCAACUACCUCUACAGCAAUGGUCAAGUUCAGUAUCAGACCGUCAACCCGCAAUAUCCAGCAUACUCAACGGCUUUCACACCUGCGCACAACGGUCACUCCAGUUCCAUGUAUAUACCCAACGUCACAAUACUACCCCUUCAGUACCCCAUAACGAGCACCCGAGUCCCUACCUUACCAUCCCAAUCGCGUGCUCUCGCAUCGUCCUCCUUCUACACGGCAUCUCCUUCCAAUCAUCGAACAUCCCUUCAUCAGCGCAUCAUGUCUCCUCGGGACUACGGCCAUGUGGAUGGCACCGAAUGUCAAGAUUCUCCAAACGAGGACACAAUGCUCUCCGAGCCCGUCAUACCUCCCUUAGAGGGCUACCCGAAUGUUAACGAUUUCGAUGAAUUGGUUAAGCGCUAUGUCCAAGACCUGUCUCCAAAGAAACAGGACAAAGCGUUGAUCAACGCUCGGAGAGCUACCAACAUCCGGCACGUACUGAUUGACAAGAAGACCACCUCGAUCGAAUCAGCGCAAUUCAGAUUCUGGGUAAAGAAAAUGUUUACGCUUCAGUCAGCGGAUGGCAAACCUCCCGAGCACCGUAAAAUCUGUCACGAGGGAAAGCCAGUAGCAGUACGGGAGAAGCUGUUCAAAAUACUUACAAAGGCACACAAGCAAUGUCAGCAUGGAGGACGUGAUAAGACCUCGGCGCAGGUUCGACGUGUAUAUUCCUGGGUGCCGAAGGAACUGAUCUCCAGGUUCGUCAAGCUGUGUCCAACUUGCCAGGUCCGGAGAGGUACCGCACGCAACUCACCUCCAGAGUUGGAGAGGAGCCCAGAAACCCGGGUGAAUUCACAUUCACCAGAGGACGGCGGCGUAUCUGAGUCCAGGAAAAGCUCGACAUCGACUAGAUCGACGGCAGUCAACAACGUAACUCUGCCAUUACUGUCUGCAGGGUUCCCCAGCAGUGCGGCUUUCCAGCAACAGAAUCGCUGGAUGACUCCGCUGUCGCCUCAACAAGACACACUGGAAAUCAACCCGGUGGGAAGCAAUAAUAUCAAACACGAGGUGUAUAACACAAUCCCGCCUAUGCCCAUCACUUGUGCCGACAAUGCACCAGCUGGAAUGUCAUUCUCGUCUGUCAAUACUAGCUUUUCCGGUCCUGCAGCGCCCUCAGAUAUCUUCUGGACAUUCACCGACAGCGCCUGGAACACGAUUUUCAAAAUCAUCUUCCUCUCCUCUUCAGCCUACACCCUCUGGGUGAUGCUGAACGACUACAAGCCCACGCACGACCCGAAUCUGGACACGUUCCGCGUGUCCUACCUCACGGGCGGCUCCGCCAUCCUCGCCAUCCUGUUCCCUUACAAAUGGACCAUUUCUGAAAUGCUCUGGGCCUUUUCGCUGUGGCUGGAAAGCGUCGCCAUCCUGCCGCAACUGUUCAUGCUGCAACGAACGGGGGAAGCCGAGACCAUCACAACCCACUACCUGUUUGCCCUGGGUAUCUACAGAGCCUUGUACAUCCCCAACUGGAUCUACCGCUACUUCGCAGAGGGCCAUUUCGAUCCCAUCCCCGUCAUUGCCGGCAUCAUCCAGACCGUUUUGUACUCGGACUUUUUCUGGGUCUACUACACAAAGUCAGUUUUAAUUGUUUUCCCCUUCUUGUCGUCCCCGCUGUAUAUGCCCACUUAG